UGUCCUUUUAUUUUUAUUUUUUUUUUAUUUCUAUCUUCAUUGUUUCAUUGUUUCUUAGUUUUUCAUGGCGUCGGUGUUUUCUGCUGCGUUGGUCGAAGCUCAGAAGAAGAGCUUUUUCGGCAAAGCGGCUCCGAGCGGCUACGUUGCCGGCGCUGGUCGCGGAGCGACUGGUUUCACAACGCGGUCUGACAUUGGUCCCGCGCGAGCACCCGGCGAAGUCGAAAUUGAGGAAGCAUCGCCGUUCGCACGACGCCGUGCAGCUGAGGAGGACAAGGAGAAGGAUGGCAACCUGAACGACGCGCAUUACGACGAGGAGAACGGCUACUCUGGAUCGCUGUUCGCCUCGGCGCCGUACGAGGAAGACGACAAGGAAGCAGACGCCAUCUACGACGCCAUCGACAGGCGCAUGGACACGCGCAGAGACGCCCGCAGAGAGAAGAAGAUGCAAGAGGAGAUUGACCGAUUCAAUCAAGAGCACCCGAAAAUCCAGCAGCAGUUUGUAGAGCUCAAGCGCGGCUUGAAUCAAAUGUCGGCCGAGGACUGGGAGAUGCUUCCAGAGGCCGGCUCGCUGCGCGCGAAGAAGCCUCGCCUGGUUCGUCCAGAGCGAUAUACACCUGUGCCAGACUCGGUCAUCAACGCGGCACGCACGGCUGGCGAGACAACCACCGCCGUCGACCCGAUGCAGGGCAUGGCAACGCCUGGCGACUUGACCCAGAUUGGCGAGGCGCGCACGUCCAUUUUGAAUGCCCGCCUCAACCAGGCCUCGGACUCUGUCACUGGCCAGACGGUUGUCGAUGCCAAGGGCUACAUGACGGACUUGAACUCGGUCAUCCCGCAGAAGGGCUCCGACUACGGCGAUUUGAACAAGGCGCGCACCCUCCUCGCCAACGUGACCCAAACCAAUCCGCGCCACGCUCCAGGCUGGAUUGCAGCGGCCCGCCUCGAAGAGGCUGCUGGCAAGAUGGCGGCUGCACGCACCCUGGCCAUGAAAGGCUGCGAGUUCUGCCCCAAGAGCGAGGACAUGUGGGUUGAGGCCGCUCGGUUGCAUCCGCCAGACCUCGCCAAGGCAGUGGUUGCCCAGGCCGUCGAGCAAAUCCCGCAUUCAGUCAAGAUCUGGCUCAAGGCGUCCGACAUUGAAACCGACACCACAGCCAAGAAGCGUGUGCUGCGAAAGGCGCUCGAGCACAUUCCCAACUCGGUCCGUCUCUGGAAGACUGCCGUCGAGCUCGAGACACCCGAAGAUGCCCGCAUCCUGCUGGGACGCGCCGUCGAGUGCUGCCCCGACAGCGUGGACUUGUGGCUCGCACUCGCCCACCUCGAGACAUAUGAUAACGCCAAGGCCGUGCUCAACAAGGCGCGCAUGAGCAUCCCCACCGAUCGCCAAAUUUGGAUUGCUGCAGCGCAACUGGAAGAGGCCAACAGUGCGGAUGGCAAUCGUGUGAUGGUGGACAAGAUUGUUCAGCGCGCAAUCAAGGCAUUGUCUGCCAACGGUGUGCAGAUCGUUCGCGACGACUGGCUUGCCGAUGCUCAAGUUUGCGAAAAGGCCAACUCGAUUGCGACAGCCAAGAGCAUUGUUAUGAAUGUUAUUGACGUUGGUGUGGAGGCCGAAGAUCGUCGAGUUACUUGGGCUGACGACGCUGCUACGUUUGUCAGCCAAAACUGCAUCAACUGCGCACGCGCAGUGUACGAGCACGCCUUGGAAAAGUUCUCAUCCAAGCAAUCGUUGUGGAAGAGCGCUGCGCUGCUCGAAAAGCAGCACGGUACUCCCGCGACUGUGCACGCCGUGCUGGAAAAGGCCGUUCGUUACUGCCCGCAGGCCGAAGAGCUCUGGCUGAUGGGCGCCAAGGAGCAAUGGCGCGCGGGCAAUAUUGAGCAGAGCAAGCAAAUUUUGAUGUACGCCUUCAACGCAAACCCCAACAGCGAGGAAAUUUGGCUGGCAGCCGUCAAGCUGGAAAGCGAAACCAGCGAGUUUGCUCGAGCUCGCGCACUUCUCGACCGUGCACGGGCCAAUGCUCCCACCGCCCGUGUCUGGAUGAAGUCUGCCAAGCUCGAGUGGCAGUUGAAUGAGCUGGAGCGCGCAAAGACCCUGCUGGCCGAAGGAGUCCAGCUUUUCCCGGAAUUUGACAAGCUUCACAUGAUGCGAGGGCAAAUCCUCAUGCAGCAAGGCGAUGAAAACGGCGCCCGAGAGGCCUACAAGGAAGGCAUCCGACGAUGCACUUCCUCCAUUCCACUAUGGCUUCUGGCUGCGCGGCUGGAGGAACAGACUGGCAAUUUGACAAAGGCGCGCGGUAUUCUGGAACGAGCUCGCUUCAAGAACCAAAAGAACGAUACUUUGUGGCUGGAGGCGGUUCGCGUCGAGACUCGAAGCGGCAACGCAGCAGCCGCACAAGCGCUCAUGGCCAAAGCGAUGCAAGAGUGCCCCACGUCUGGUCUCCUCCUGGCCGAGGCCAUUUUCAUGGAACCAGUUCCAUUGCGACGAGCGAAAAGUCUCACCGCUGUUCAGCGCAACGAAGACAGCCCGCACGUUCUUGUUGCUGUUGCAAAGCUUUUGUGGGCUGAGCGCAAGGUGGAAAAGGCUGCUGAAUGGUUCCGCCGCGCGAUCGGUGCUGAUCCAGACCUCGGCGACGCUUGGGCCACCUUUUAUAAAUUCCAGCUGCAGCACGGCACUGCCAAUGACCAGCAGGAUGUUUUGCAAAAGUGUGUUGCAGCAGAACCGCGGCACGGGGAGCACUGGACGCGAGUUUCCAAGUCCAUUGAGAACUGGAACAAGCCGACAGCUGAGUUGUUGCAGCUCGUCUCUGCGCUUGCUGUGUAGUGCUCUCGACAUUGAAGUUCUGGAGUUGUUGUGUCCUAACGUGUGUCAGAACAUGAACAUUUCACCUUUGGUUUUGGUUUUGCGGCUGUUCAUUCCUGCAUCAUCAUUCAGCUUUUCGUCUU